AUGUUCCCCUCGCAGGCGGCUAAUCUCGACAUUGAGGCCUUGAGUGGUAUCUGUGGCUCGAUCUCAAUUGCCUGCUGGGUUGUUGUCUUCUCGCCGCAGAUUAUUGAGAACUUUCGCCGCGGCUCUGCUGAUGGAUUGUCCCUCCUCUUCCUCAUCGUCUGGCUAGCGGGGGAUGUCUUCAAUAUCCUUGGCGCCGUCCUCCAGGGCGUUCUGCCCACGAUGGUCAUUUUGGCUGUGUACUACACUCUGGCAGACAUCGUGCUUCUGGGCCAGUGCUUCUACUAUCGGGGGUUCAACAUCCGAGAUGAAUUUUCUUCCUCACCGACCCUAGAAUCUGACCCGGUUGCGACUGGUGCGCUGGACAGUGAAGGCAAUCGACCCGAGGUUACCGCAGCACCGACCGAACGCUCGGCUUUGAUACCCAAGCCCAAUGGUCAUGUUCACAUCCAAGAGCCGGCUGGUGGUGAAAUCCACGGACAGCACUCCCGGGAUCGUGCCCGAUCACAGUCAUCUUCAUCGGCCCAGGGACGACGGCACUCUGUCUCUUCAUUCAAAGACAUCCUGCACACCCAUGUGGAUGGAACCCACCUGUCUCCAGCGACUCCAUUCAUUGAUCCCGAUGUAGAUAGCGCUCGUGCUCAACGGCGUCGCCGUCGUAUCUCUGCGGUCCAAAGUAUUCUCUUCAACGCUACAGCCAUCCUUCUCGUCUGUGCUGCCGGUAUUCUAGGCUGGUACAUCACUCCCGGACCAAAGAAAUCGCAAUCGCAGUCGGCCCCCGAACCUCUCACUAUGGACCCUUUGGGCCAGUUCUUUGGAUAUCUGUGUGCUGUUUUCUAUCUGGGCUCUCGACUCCCCCAGCUACUACUCAACUACCGCCGCAAGUCGACCGAUGGAGUCUCCUUGUUAUUUUUCCUGUUUGCCUGCAUCGGCAACUUGACUUAUGUUCUCUCUAUUAUGGCAUACUCGCCCAUUUGCCAGGGGACAGUAUCCACUACGAACCGCUCCAACGCGUUCUCACACCGCCAUCGUCCACAAUGUCGCCCUGGCGAGACAGCAGAAUUGUACGGACGGUAUGUGUUGGUGAAUCUGUCCUGGAUUAUAGGCAGCUUGGGAACGUUGCUGUUGGAUAUGGCGAUCUUUGUGCAGUUUUUCCUGUAUCGGGACAUGAAGGAUCUAGAUGAUGAAGAUGAAUGA